AUGCAACAACGACCCUCGUACAGUUCGGCUUUUACGAUCGAAUCCAUCAUGGCGCCACAACCCCGUAUCCCAACACCCGUUUUAUAUGGUGGUUACAUGUUUUUACCCCCAGUCACAGAUCAUGCGACGGCUCACGCCCUGACCGCGUCUUCUCCGAGUCACCACGGUGUGACUUCAGCCGCCGCCGCCGCUGCUGCUGCAGCCGCAGCCUCCCUUGACCCGAGGACGGCAGCCGCUGUAAUGGGACAUGCCGGUUUCAUUGGUAGGCCAAACCCUUCUUCCCAUCAUCUUCUCGGGGUUACUGGACUGGCGGCAGCAGUGGCUGCAAGUUCAGCUGGGGCCAGUCCAGUGGUCACAAGUGCAAGUGGUACAGUUACUGGACAAUCGCUAUCCCUAGCCCACAUGGGCAGCACAAAUCCAGUGGUUGCCAAUGGCCCAACGAUAUCUCUCUCCCCAGGAUCGCUAGCUCCCGCAGCGUCAUCACCUUCGUUACAAUCCAGUGAAUCACACCCUCCUACCCCCAAUUCCGAUAAUCAUCACUAUCAUCACCAUCAUAACCGAACGUCGUCGACCCCAACCCCACCGUCUUCGUCAUCGACCUCACAAACAACUUCCACGAAUCAUUCUUCAUCUUCCUCGUGUUUGUCUUUGCCAAAUUCUUCUGUACCCUCGUCGACGGUCAGUGGCAUCGUUCCUUUGGCAUUAUCUUCGCCCAGCUCCAACCACCUUUCACCAGCGGUCAUCACGACAGUCACAGCAACCAGUCCGAGAGUUCUGGCUCGCUUGGGAGAGUACCGGGUGCAUCAUCAUUCUUUGAAUUCAAUUCAUCACCAGUCACACAGUCUUUACCAACAAUCGUCACAACACGCGGAACAUGACGAACAAUCACAAAGUCCCUUAUCGGACUAUAGGCAUCAUUCGCCAGACAAAGAUUUGCGACUUUUUAUCUUUUGUGUAAAAUCAAUAUUUUCUUAUAAAUUAUUGUCACUCAAUAAUCUUCAAUUGAUACAUGCUCAGUCUAUCUAUCUAUCUAUCUAUCUAUCUAUCUAUCUAUCUAUCUAUCAUUUUAAUUUAUUUAAUUUUGGCAAUAACAAUAAUAAUUAUCAUGGAUAUACAUGUUCUUCUACUUCUUCCUCUUCUUCUUCUUCUUCUUCUUCUUCUUCUUCUUCUUCUUCUUCUUCUUCUUCUACCUCUUCUUCUUCUUCUUCUUCUUCUUCUUCUUCUUCUUCUUAUUAUUAUUAUUAUUAA